AUGUUUGCUGCUGCUACCAAGAGCUUUGUUAAGCAAGUUGGAGAUGGAGGGAGAUUAGUUCCUGUUCCAAGCCUCAGUGAAGCUGACAAAUAUCAACCUCUGAGCCUCGUGGUUAAAAAGAAAAGAUGCUUUUUGUUACAAAGACCUAAAUUUACCUCCACACCUUUCACUCUGAAUGAUAUUCUUCUAGGAGACAGAGAAAUUUCAGCUGGUAUCUCAUCCUACCAAUUACUGAAUUAUGAAGAUAAAUCAGAUGUUUCACUCUAUGGAAGGCGAGGAAAUCAUAUGGUGAACGACGUUGGAAUUAAUGUUGCCGGGUCAGAUUCCAUUGCAGUAAAAGCUUCCUUUGGUGUGGUAACUAAGCACGAAGUGGAAGUAACAACAUUACUCAAGGAACUUACUACCAGAAAAAUUAACUUUGAUCACUGCCUAAUCCGUCAAUCAAUGAGUAGUAGAAAGGCAGUAUUGUGUGUGGUCAUGGAAAGUAUUAGAACAACACGCCAGUGUUCAUUAUCUGUGCAUGCUGGAAUGCGUCGUGGGGAAGCAGUGAGGUUUCACAUUAUUGAUGAACAAAAUCCAAAGGGAAGAGACAAAGCUAUUGUUUUUCCAGCACACACAACCAUAGCGUUUAGUGUUUUUGAACUUUUCAUUUAUUUGGACGGUGCCUUUG